AUGGCCACCACCACUCUGAAGGUGGACGGCAUGACAUGCGGUGCCUGCACUUCGGCGGUUGAAUCGGGUUUCAAGGGUAUCGAAGGUGCCGGAGCGGUGUCAGUGAGCUUGAUGAUGGGACGAGCCGUCGUUCAUCAUGAUCCGGUGAAAUUGCCGCCAGAGAAACUUGCCGAAAUCAUUGAAGACUGCGGAUUCGACGCCGAAGUCCUCACAACCGAUAUUCCUCAGCCUACCACCCCGGCCUCACAGCAAGACGGCCCAGAUGGGUCAGACGAGACAGCGUCGAAGAUUACUACAACAACGAUCUCAGUGAAAGGAAUGACAUGCGGGGCGUGUACAUCCUCGGUGGAGGCAGGAUUCAAGGAUGUUCCAGGCGUCAAGAGCAUGAGCGUGUCUUUACUGGCUGAGCGUGCGGUUGUUCAACACGAUGCAGACAUAAUCAGCGCUGAAGCUUUGGCCGAAAUAAUCGAGGACCGAGGGUUUGAUGCCACCGUGUUGGAGUGCAAGACCCAGGAGACUAUCAAGCCUGCAACUGGCGACGCCCUGGGGACCAACGUAGGUUCCACCACAUGGACGACCACCGUCGCUAUCGAAGGCAUGACCUGUGGAGCCUGCACCUCGUCCGUUGAAGGCGCGUUCAAAAAUGUCCCUGGGUUGGUGCGGUUCAACAUAAGUCUUCUUGCAGAACGAGCGGUUGUUUCGCACGAUCCAGCGGUUCUGCCGGCAGAGAAGAUUGUCGAACUCAUCGAAGACGCCGGAUUUGACGCGAAGAUCGUGUCGUCGCAAGCAGAAACGACAUUACAUGGCGCCCCACGCGUCUCGCAACAAUUAAAAAUAUACGGUCUUCCAGACGGCAAGGCUGCGACAGAUCUGGAAAACGAACUGAGAGCGAAACCUGGCAUUAAGAAUGCUGUCAUCAGCUUGUCCACCUCCCGUGCCACUGUCACAUAUGACCCUGCAAUGAUCGGGCUUAGAAUGAUUGUUGGGGUUAUCGAGGCAGCCGGCUUCAAUGCCCUUGUGGCAGACUCCGAGGACAACAAUGCCCAACUAGAGUCGUUGGCCAAAACCAAAGAGAUCCAGGAAUGGAGGCGGGCAUUCCUGACCUCUCUGGCAUUUGCCAUCCCAGUCUUUCUGAUCAGCAUGGUAAUUCCCAUGCUGUUUCCCUCAUCAGACUUUGGCGCCAUACAGAUCAUACCUGGUCUCUUCUUGGGUGACAUCAUUUGCUGCGCCUUGACCAUUCCCGUGCAAUUUGGCAUUGGUAAACGAUUCUACAGGUCAGCAUACAAAAGCUUGAAGCAUAGAUCGCCCACCAUGGAUGUUCUGGUCGUGCUUGGGACGUCGGCGGCGUUCUUUUUCAGUUGUUUUUCGGUCGUCGUGGCAGUCAUUAUACCGCCUCACAACAAACCCGGGACAGUAUUCGACACGAGCACCAUGUUGAUCACUUUCAUCACUCUCGGGAGAUGGUUGGAGAACCGAGCAAAGGGUCAGACGUCCAAGGCGCUCUCCAACUUGAUGUCUCUUGCGCCCAGUAUGGCGACGAUCUACGAAGAUCCUGUGUAUGCUGAGAAGCUCGCUGAUGCAUGGGCGGUCCCGGAAUCUCCGACGCUUGAGAAAACUCCAUCCAUAUCUUCCAGACAUAACAGUGUUUCUGCACCGUCUGGACCUUCAGCUGUCGAGAAAGUCAUUCCUACGGAGCUCCUUGAAGUCGGAGAUGUUGUCAUUCUUCGUCCUGGCGAUAAGGUUCCGGCCGAUGGCAUCGUCACUCGCGGGGAAAGCUACGUCGACGAAAGCAUGGUGACUGGAGAACCCAUGCCCAUCCUUAAGAAAAAGGGCAGCGCACUAAUUGCUGGUACGGUGAACGGUGCCGGCAAAGUCGACUUCAAGGUGACUCGCGCAGGGAAAGAUACUCAGCUGAGCCAGAUUGUGAACCUGGUGCAAGAAGCACAAACAAGCCGCGCGCCUAUUCAACGUAUGGCCGAUCUUGUUGCUGGCUAUUUCGUCCCAAUCAUCAUUCUGCUCGGUCUGACCACCUUUAUCGGAUGGAUGGUAUUGAGCCACACGAUGCGAAACCCACCCGAGAUCUUCGUCGACAACCAAAGUGGCGGAAAAUUCAUGGUCUGCUUGAAACUUUGUAUCUCGGUCAUUGUUUUCGCCUGCCCUUGUGCUCUGGGCUUAGCAACUCCCACAGCAGUCAUGGUGGGAACCGGGACCGCAUCUCAACAAGGCAUUCUGGUGAAAGGAGGUGCGGCUCUCGAAGCAGCCACGCGGAUUACGCAUAUCGUUUUGGACAAAACCGGCACCCUGACGUUCGGCAAGCUCCAAGUGGCGGACACACACAUCGACUCGGCCUGGACCUCUAACCCGUGGAGAGUCAAAGUAUGGUGGACCUUGAUGGGUCUGGCUGAAGCAGGUUCCGAGCAUCCUAUCGCCAGAUCUGUCGUAGCCGCGGCGAAAGACAAACUCGAUCUCGAAGAUGAAGAGCCAUUCUCUGGCCAGGUCAUCAAUUUCGCAGUGAUCGUCGGCGAGGGGGUCUCUGCCUUGAUCGAGCUAGAGAGCUCCACCCGGAAGUCCGACCAGGAUCCAGCAAACCCAGAACAGACCCGAUACAAGGUGUACGUCGGCAACGCCAAAUUCCUGCGCAACAAAAAGAUCCCCAUUCCCUCCGAAUUCGAGGACGAAGGCAAUUCAGCCUCGCCCCUCGCAACCGCUGCCAGUCAAAAGUCCAAGACAGGCAUCACAACCGUCUACGUCGCCAUCAACGGACAAUACGCAGGCAUGCUCGAACUCUCGGAUACCCUGAAACCCACCGCCCCCGCGGCCAUCGCCGCGCUACACAAGAUGGGCAUCAGCACGUCCCUGGUGACGGGCGACACGUACAACACGGCGCUAAGCAUCGCGCAACUCGUCGGCAUCCCACGCGAGUCGAUCCGCGCAUCCGUGUCGCCCGGCGACAAACAAGCCAUUGUCGCCGAGCUGCAGUCGCAAGGCGAAGUCGUCGCCAUGGUCGGCGACGGGAUCAACGACUCCCCCGCGCUGGCGACCGCCAACAUCGGCAUCGGCCUGGUCUCCGGCAGCGACAUCGCCGUCGAAGCCGCCGACAUCGUCAUCAUGCGCUCCGACGAUCUGCUGAACAUCCCCGCCGCCCUGCACCUGUGCCGCGUCAUCUUCCGCCGCAUCAAGAUGAACCUGGUCUGGGCGUGCGCCUAUAACGUCCUCGGCCUGCCUUUCGCCAUGGGCAUUUUCCUGCCCUUGGGAUACCACAUGCCUCCCCUGAUGAGCGCCACUGCCAUGAUGUUCAGCAGCAUCAGCGUCACCCUGUCGAGUCUGGCGCUGCGGUGGGCGCGCAGGCCGAAAUGGCUGACCGUCGAGGCGAUGGAGCUGGAGUCUGCCAAGAUCGCUGUCCCUGUUGUAGGCCAGAAGCGGAAACUGGGGUACGUUGCUACAGUCAGGGACUUUGUGUCCGGCCUAUUUGACGGCGCGUUGGUCAAGAGGAGAGCGGAGGAGCGGGAUCGUGGAAACUAUGUCCCGCUCAGGACUGUCGAGCCUGUUUAG